GGAACUAUUUAAAAUAGUUUUUUCUUACACAGGAGCUUGAUCAAAUAUCCUAAAAUACCAAACACUAUCAAUUUUUGUUUUUGCAAACAUGCUUACGGUGAACCUGACAGCGCGAGCGUGCUCACCCAAAUUGUCUUCGUUUAUGGCCCGCAUUGUAAAAAUAAAUAUGGCAUCAUUCUGGCUUGACAUUUCAGACUUGUCAAAACAUUACAGUGGAGUUAUUUUCGAUAAAUUGAUUAAUUUUUCCAAAUUUCGCGAACAUUUUUUUUAAUCUAUAAGCAACAGCUUUAAAAGCGUGUAAAAUAAGUUAUUUAAAAGCAUAAAAUCGGUGUGUUUUGGAUGGAAAAAGUACAAGGUCAUAGGUAGUAGGUACACUUUUCAGAGACGUCAGCCUGAACAGCUGAUUGUAAUUUCAAUAAAAAUAAAAACGCGAUUGCCUAUUAUAUACGCGUAGAACCAGACAUCUUUUAAUCAUACGUAUAUUUUUAAAAGCAACAAGUAAGCAUAAAUUCAAAUCAAACUUAUCUCAUAAAUGACAUACGUAACAUCACCUCAAGACUCAUGUUAUUGCUCUCAUUUUUCCACUGAGGACGCUUCGCAAUUGCGUAUGCGCUUAAAGAAAUAAUAUGUGUGUUAAACUAUUCGCAGCUUAAAAUUAAUAAGGUGAAGAUGCUAAAAUUUGCUGCUCAAGGAAUCGCGCCGCAUUUAAUCCUCGGAUUGGUUAGCAGUACUCAGAGCAGUUGCCAACUUGUGGCACCCGUUGUAUCUGCUGCCACACAAAAAUUCAUCUCGCAAAGUAGUUGCUAUGACCGCAAAGUGGACGUCAAGGAUCACUACGAAUUCGAUCAAAAGGUAAUAAACAGCGACAAUCCGGUUAUAGUCAACUUCCAUGCUGAAUGGUGUGAUCCUUGUAAGAUUCUGACCCCAAAAAUGCGCGAACUAUUGGAGAAUUCGGAAGAUAUCGAUUUGGCUACAAUAGACGUGGAUUCAAAUGCCGACUUGGUGGAAACUUUCGAAGUAAAAGCCGUGCCUGCCGUCCUGGCAUUUCGUAAUGGCGUAGUUGUUGAUAAAUUCAUUGGAUUAGUGGAUGCAAAUAGUAUAGAAACUCUCAUAAACAAAUUAAAACGCAAGAAACAACUCGAAAAUGCAGCGGCUAAAAGUAAGGAAGAAUAACUUAAUGAAAGGAGAAGGUACUUAUGAGUCCAGUUCUUUUGGAAUAGUUGAAACGAAAUUAAUUUCCCCGGUUUGGAUUUUGUAUGUACGUAAAUCUUUAUUUAAAGUUUCGUACUGUUCAGCUAGGAUUAGUAUAUAUUUUUUAAUACACUCACUGCAAUAUUGAUGAUUAACUUUUUGGAUUAGUGUUAAAAGUAUAUAUUAUGAUUUAUAUAGUAACAUAGUUGACAUACGUAAGCCAUAAUGUGCGAAAUUAAGAAUAAAGCAUUAUUAAAUGAGAA